AUGGAAGUUGAAUUGCAUUAAUAAAUCCCUCCAUAACUCAAUGUUUAAGUUGCAAUUAGAGUUCGUCCUUUCAAUGAAAAGGAAUUGAAGUAAAAAGAAGGUGUAUGUUUGGAGACAUCCGAAAAAUAAGUAACCCUUUUGCAAAGUGCUCGUUUGUUCACAUUUGAUUAUGUUUUCGACUAAAAUGCUUCUCAAGAUCAAGUCUACAAAAAGUGUGUGAGUAAUUUAGUUUAGAGGUGCUUUGAAGGUUAUAAUAGUACGAUUCUAGCAUAUGGCUAAACAGGAUCAGGGAAAACUCAUACUAUGGGUACCACUGGAGUAGAUUAGCUAGCAAAUAAAAAUAACAUGGGAAUGAUUCCAAGAGUAAUAACUCAAAUUUUCGAAGAAAUUGAAAAAAUAGACUAAGAAAUCCUUAUUUCUUGUUCCUAUUUAGAAUUAUACAAUGAAUAAAUCAUAGAUCUCUUGUAGGAGACUUCAAUAUCAAGUCAACCCACCAUAAGGGAAGAGAAAGAUCGCACAAUAACGAUAUUAAAUUUAACUACAAUAUUAGUAAAUAAUCCAAAUGAAAUGCUUUAAGUAUUAAAUAGAGGAGCUGUCCAUAGGACAACGGCAGCUACAUAAAUGAAUAUGACAAGCAGUAGAUCACAUGCAAUUUUUACAAUCUACUUUAAAAUAAAUCCCAAGGAUGAUUCUGAAGAUGGCACUUUGAAUGCAAAAUUUCACUUUGUUGAUCUAGCAGGAAGUGAAAGAUUGAAGAAGACUUUGGCCCAAGGGAAGACAAUGGAGGAAGGAAUCAAUAUAAAUCAGAGCCUUUUGGUUUUGGGCAAUGUGAUAAAAACUUUGAGUGAUUAAAAAAAGAAAAGUCAAACUCAUAUUCCCUACAGAGAGAGUAAAUUAACUAGAAUAUUGUAAGAUUCUUUGGGGGGUAAUUCCAAUACUUGUAUGAUAGCUUGUGUGUCUCCUGCUGAAAGCAAUUACGAGGAGACUCUAAACACUUUGAAAUAUGCAUCUAGGGCUAGGGAAAUUUAAAACAAGCCCACUUAGAAUAGAGACCCUCAUGCAAUAUAAAUAUUGGGUUUGCGAUAAGAGAUAGCAGUCUUAGUAGAGUAGAAUAAGUAGUUUUAAGAAUUGCUUUAAGUGAAUGGAGUUAAAUUUGAUUCAAUAAAAAAGGUUUCGAUAAAUCAAUAUUCUUCAAAUAUCCCCCAUACAUGUGAGGAGCAUUUAGAAAUGAUUCAGAAGUAGAAAUAAGCCUUGCUUGUAUGGGAACGUCUUGGAUCUCAGCAUAAAUUGGAGGUGCAAAAAUUAUAAUCUUAAUUAAAUGAUUAAGAGAUUGAAUUACACAAUUUGAAAAAGAAAAAAGAUAUUAUUUUUAAGCAAUUCUAAGAAGCAAAGAAAAUAUUGCAAAAGUUUAAUAUACCAUUUACUAAUUAUGAUGAAGAUGAUGAAAUCGAGGAUUUAUAUGAUGAAGUUGAUAAGCUAAAAUAAGAAUCAAAAGAAAAAGAUUAUAAAAUUCUAACUAUGCAGAAGGAAAUAGAUGAGCUAUUACAGGUAGUUUAUAUUGUUUAAAUACUAGGAUAGGAUGCACACAGAGAUCAAUACAUCUUGUGUAAAAAAUAGAAGGAGUUGAUGGUUCUUUAGAGGAAACUUGAGAAAUUGGAACCUAAAGAUAACUUUGAAUCACCAGCCCAAGAUUCAGAGUGCGAUGAAGAAGUCGUUUGCAAUGAUUCCAUGAUCAAAGAGACAAAUUUAUAGAUUGAAGAAUUUGAAAGCAAUUUAUAGGUGAUGACUAUUAAAAAUUUCGAACUCAAACGCUAAUUGGCUGAAGAUAUGAAGAAGGAAUUUCAACAGUAGAUUUCUAUUCUAGAAGCAUAAAAGUCCUCACUUAUGAAGCAAGUUAAUUAAAAAUAGGAUGCUACCUAAUUAAAUGCUUUGAAAGUUAAAUUGUAAGAAUAUGAAUCUAAGAUCACUGAAAUGAGGUUGAAAGAAUCAAAAUAUGAGAUAAAUGUAGAAGAAAUUGGAAGAAUAGGAAAAUUAGGUUAAGGAUUUAAAGAUCAAUAUAGAAAAAAUGAAAAAAUAGAAAGUAGAGUUGGUUAAGAAAAUGAAGAUAAGGAGGAGAAAUAAAAAGAAUUGAUUUUAAUUAAAAAACUUAAAAUUUAAUAAGAUGCUGCUUUAAGUAAGUUAAAAAAUGAAAAUUGUAAGAAGGAAGUACUUCUUAGAAGAAAGGAAGAUGAAAUAUUAAAAUAAAGGAAUGAGAAGGUUAUUGAUAAGGGGUCAAGUCUUUCAUUUAAGAAAUCUUAAAAAGCGUAAACUUAUGAUUCAAUGGAGAAACAAAUAGAGUCAUUGUUCUCGCAAUUGAUUUCUGGAGGAUAGGCAGAAGACUAAAUCAAAAGAGAAAUAACAAAGUUAGAACAAUUGUAGGAGGAAGUGAAUUAAAUAGAACAGAAAAUCUGUUAGUUAUAAAUAAAAAGAGAAUAAACAUCAUUUGAUCAGAAUAAUAAGAAUAGCCUAAACUAGAUUGAAUUAGAAUUGAGUGAUAUCAUAAUCAUAAGAGAGAAUAUAAAUGAGACGAUUGAUUAUUAAUUGCAUAAGAUAGAAUAAUUAAGAAAGAGUUGCAAUAAUUGCACGGAAGUUUAUACAAAUUUUUUAACGAAUUCUGAAUUGAGAGAUCUUCCAAAUUGGUGUAUUAAAAUAUUUAAAUAUGUAAUUGAUAAUUGGAUUAAAGAUCAUUUGCAAAUGUAGAACUUUAGUCAAUAGAAUGAUGAAUUUUAAUAAAUAAUUUAAGAAUUACAACAAUAGUUAUAAAAACCACUUUAAGAGAUUAAUUGCAAUUCUCCUACUUUUAAAAAGAAGAUAAUCAAAUCACAAGUUUCCUCUUAACCAAGUGAUGCAUUGGAACUCAGAAAGUAGCUUAAUGAUCAAAAAAGAAAGUAUUAGUUCUUAUAGAAUGAAAAUAAAAAUAUGAUAUCUGAUUUAGAGUAUUAUAAGAAGUUCUAUACAGAGCACAUCAACAAAGUAUAGAAAGAUAAAUGUAUUGGGUUAAGUGAUUCAUUUUAACUUCCAUAAAGUUAAAGUUAUCAAUAGAUAAGAGAUGCUUAUAAAUUAGAAAGGACAAAGCAGAAGGAACUGUCAUUAAAUUUAAGUUUUUAAAAGCCUUACCUCUAAAAUUCAGCUCUUAAGAUGGCUAAAGUAUGUAAAUCAGAUAGAGAGGGAUAUACUGAUCAAUUCAGCUAGGCACAAGAAGAGCAGGAAUUAAGAUAUGACCUAAUCAAAUCAAUACCAGGUCACGAGAAUCCAAUAUUGUGUGUGUAUACAAUGUAGAACUUGUUGUGUUCAAGUGCAUUUAGAUCUGUCAAGAUAUGGGAUAUGGAUGCAUAAUCUCAUCUUAUAUCUUUGGAUGCAAAUACACAUGUUAAAUCGAUAUGCCAUUGGCCUGAGAGGAAUGCUAUUGCAGUAUCUCAUGGAUCCCUAAUUUCAUUGUAUGACAUGACAUCUUUUCAACUACAAAGUGUUUUAAAAUCCUCAAUAGAAGAAAUUAGAGUGAUGACCAGACAUAAUGGUUUACUUGUGGCUGGAGGAAAAGGCAUUAAUUAUGCUAUGAACGUGUGGGAUGCAAGAUCGAAUAAUUAAAUUCAUGAAUUCGAAAAGUAAAGUGACGUUAUGUGUUUACAAUAAUCAGAUUAGACUCAAGAAUUGAUUUGGGGAACUUUUAAUCACAAUGUGAGGAAAAUGAUGAUGAAUAGUAAUAAAUGUGGCUAGAUUGCAUAAAUGACACCUCCACAUUAUGAUAAGGUUACUGGAGUUGGUUUGCUUGAUAAUUGGAUUGUGAGUUGCUCAUUUGGCAAAGGAAUGAGGAUGUGGAAUUAAGUGAAUGGCUAAUAAGGAUAAGCAAACUCUGAUAUCCACAAAGAUUCGAUCUUAACUAUGGCCAUUGAUAAAAACCUUAAAGUCAUGUACACUGGAUGCAAGGAUGGAUAAAUCAAGGCUACUAGAAUUAGUGAGAAUAAAUUCUAACUUGUUAGUGACAUUAGUGCUUCUGUUUAAUAAAUUAACUCUCUCAACAUUAUAAACGAUAGUUCACUCAUAGUAAGUGGUGGUCAAGAUAGGAUGAUCAAAAUAUGGAAACCGUCCAAAUUUACUUUUGAUUACUUAAAGUAGUUUACUCCGAACAUUGGGGAUUUCAUAAUUGAAGAAGAACAAUACAUGUUUAGUUGA